AUGGCGCAAACCGUCGCGACUGCGCCCACCAGCUGGAUGAGAUAUACGCAGGGCUUGGACUCGCGCGAGAUAUUCCAGGACAGGACCUCGGUCGCACUUUUGGGACUCCCUGGAGCGGGAAAGUCGACUCUUGGAGUGAUUGCUUCUGCGACGUUGAAAAUGAGAUUGGUUGAGACGGACAGGUGCUUCCGAACCAUGACCGGCACCACAACCUCGGAAUAUGUGGUUCAGUUCGGUAGACAGUCGUAUCUUGACAAAUCUUUGGAAAUCUUACGACAUAUCCUGAAAAAGCAUUCGACAAACUGUGUCAUUGCUGUAUCUGCGAAAAUGUCCGAUAUCCCGGCCUGCCGCGCUGAGCUUCAAGAGUUUGCUGCAACUCACCCACUUGUCCACAUUCUAAGGAAAGCUGAGUAUAUUGUCGAGCAUCUCAACAACCAUAUGAGUCGCGACGAUGUGUUGCUCCUGUACCAGCGGUGCAUACCACAGUAUCGCGCUCUUUGCAAUUUUGAAUUCUACAACGGGGGUGGCGCUGAGCUCGCCGGCCUGCCAUCGCAUGAUGCCAGCCCCAUGCCUUCUUUUUUAUCACUAAAGCACGCGCAAAAGGACUUUUUAGGGUUCAUAUCCCGUAUAAGGGGUUUCUGUCGUCUGAAUAGGUUUGUGCGUGCGCCAGAGGAUACAGAAUUCUCGAGGGUAUUGCUCAUACCAUUUCCACCAAACGAUAACCAGGACGAUUCCUCGGACCCCAGGGCUAUUCACGGAAUUCACUUGAUCCAGCUGCAAUUAUCACUGCAGCAAGUUCUCGAAGUUGAUCUUACUUCUCUAUUGGAUCGUAUUUCCUUCGUGUUGGCUAGAUUCCGCCGCAACUGUGAUUAUCCUGUUGCGUUGCGUGUUCUACCUCUGCCGAUACUAUCGGACCGCUCAGCUUUAGAAUACCCCAACUACUUUCGUGUUCUGCAACAUGGGGUUUCUCUGGGCUUUGAUUACUGCUACGUGGACCUUGGGUUGUCUCACCAUAGCCUUGCCCAGUUUACCCAGCACGCAGGAGCCACCAAAAUCAUCGGAACGUGGCAUAACUACGGCCAGCCAAGUCCACAGAGCUCUUUGUGGAAAACAAAUCGGUACCAGGAUGUCUUUGACCUCGCCGUAGAUCUUGGUUGUUCUGCUGUACAGCUGAGCGCACCAGCGGCUACGAUGCAAGAUAAUUACGAUGUCAUGAAGUUCACAGAGAAAAUGAGACAACAAGGAGCUCAGACGAAGGUUCAAAUAUCUGCGUUCAACACGGGGGAGAUCGGAAGGCUCUCUCGUAUAAUGAAUCGCACGUUGUCACCAGUAGCUGGCAGCCACUUUUUGGCACACAAUCACUACCACGAGGAGCAAACGCUUCACGGGGGAACUGCUGAGUUGGCAGGCAUUAUUACUGUCGAAGAGUCGUGCAAGGCCCUCGAAGCAGCAUUUAUAGUACGAAAGCUGCGCUUUUGUAGCUUCGGGUCGCUCAUCUCCCAUUCUAUCGCCCCGGCCAUGCACAACGCGGCGCUGAGCGCUCUUGGGCUCCCAUACCACUACGGUCUGGUGCAGUCACCGGACGUGAUUCAGUCUCUACACCUCAUGCGCGCAUGUGACUUUGGCGGGCUCAGCUGUGCUAACCCUCACAAGAGAAGUAUUAUAACCCAUCUCGAUCACAUAUCAGACGCCGCGCGCGACAUCACCGCUGUCAAUACAGUUUACACGGUUCCAUUGUCCUCUGGAGGGCGCGCGCUGUUAGUAGGAGAGAACACGGACUGGAUUGGGGUGACCUCUUGUAUUGAGAACUACUUGAGCCCCGUAAAUACUAUUACUUCGAAGACAACAGCACUGGUUCUCGGAGCUGGCGGUAUGGCUCACGCGGCUGUUUAUGGACUUCUACGUCUGGGUGUUACUAGGAUCUUUCUUUGGAAUCGUACACUGUCGAGGGCAGAGGCCUUGAAACAACACUUCCGGCAGGUUGGCAAGUCAUUACAAUUCCGUCGCUUUUCCUCUCGGGAAGACGAUGUACUCAGCGAUCAUAAUUGCAAUGACGAUGCCCAAGAUAGCGGGCCCGUUGAAAUUCUUCCGUCAACUGAACCCUCCCAAAUAUCGGACAGGGGAGUGGCCUAUCCUUCACUUAUAAUCAACACGCUCGCUGACGGUUCUGACCAGCCAGUGGCGUCCGCAUUUGAUCUGGAUGCCGACUGGUUCAGUAAUGAAACAGGUGGCGUAUACGUUGAGUCUGCCUACAGAUCGGUAGAGUCCGUGCUUCGCAGCAAGGUCCAAGGAUUGAUGCCAAGGAAUUGGGUUGCCGUCCGAGGGCAGGAGCUUCUCUUAGAGCAAGCGUUUCCGCAAAUCGAGCUAUGGACGGGUAUGCCGGCCCCAAGAGAUAUUAUGCGAAGGGCUGUCAAUCUGUAA